UGCAGACUAGAACCAGGACAAGAACAGGAAUCCAUCGGUAGUCUCGAACUGGAAGAACCGCGUGACCUGUUAUUUGUCAAGACUCUGAGAAACCAGGCAAAAACCCUGUGUCAUGUUCGGACGGAAGCGAAACAGAAGGAGGGUCCAUCCCCACCGAUCGGUGAAGAAGUCGAUGCACAUCACUGACACUGCUUUUCUAUUCAUGUGAAUGACUAACUGGCCGUGGGACCCGUUAUCGGGCUGGACCCAUCGCUGUCACAUUUCCAAAGCUCAGCCCAGCUGAUCAUGUAUACCAUUCUUGCGAUAUCUCCAAGGUCUCCAAACGCCUUGGCUCGGAUGCCGUGGUGAUAUCUCCGAUCGUGUUCAUCCCGGCUGUCUUUUUUUGCAGUUACAUUCGUCUCCGAUCACCAACACAGGCUCUCGUGAUGUCGGCCUUUCAGGAAGCAAACAAGGACCUGGACUAUGACGUCCUCGUCAUAGGUGCGGGGCUGUCGGGAAUCUACAGCCUGCAUCACCUGCGCGAGCUCGGCCUGCGCGUCAAGGCCAUCGAGGCAGGCGAAGCAGCAGGAGGCACAUGGUUCUGGAACCGCUACCCUGGGGCUCGGUUCGAUUCCGAGUCUUUUUCGUACAUCUUCUCCUUCUCACAAGAGCUCCUGGACGAAUGGAGCUGGACGGAACACUUUGCGCCACAGCCCGAAACGUUAAAAUACGUCAACUUCAUGGUGGACAAGUUCGAUCUCAAGCGGUCCAUGCAGUUCAACACACGAAUCAAGUCGAUGAAGUUCCGCGACGACAGCAACUCGUGGCUUCUGGUGGACCAAAAUGGGAAAGAGUACACAACGCGCUACGUCGUCACGGCGAUCGGCAUCCUCAACGAGCCCACCCUGCCCGCCAUCCCAGGCGUCGACGACUACAAAGGAGAAGCGUGGCACACGGCUAGAUGGCCCGGCAACCACGAGGUAGGGCUGCGGGGUAAACGCGUUGGUAUCAUCGGCACGGGAGCGACGGGCAUCCAGACGAUCCAGGAGAUAUACAAGGACUGCGGCAGCCUGACCGUGUUCCAGCGAACCCCCAACUGGACUGCGCCGAUACGCAACAGCAAGAUCUCUCCCGAAGAGAUGAACGACAUUCGCAAAAGAUAUCCAGAAAUCUUCCAGGCCUGCUUGGAAUCUUCGUCAUGCUUUGUACACAAGGUCAACCCCAAGAAAACAACCGAGUGGGAUCGGGAAGAACUGCUUGCCCACUUUGAGGAGCUUUACCUGAAGCCUGGCUUCGCCAAGGUUUUGGGCAUCCCAGUCGACAUUUUUAUGGACAGAGAGGCCAAUAAGCUGUAUAGCGAUUUUAUUGCAAGCAAAAUUAGACCGCGCAUCAAGGAUCCUGCCGUGGCGGAGAAGCUCAUCCCCAAGUGUCACGGCUUCAUGACGAGGCGUGUCCCUCUGGAGAACGGUUACUAUGAGGCGUUUAACGAGCCGCACGUGAGGCUUGUUGACUUGAAAGAGACCCCCAUUGAUCGAAUUACGGAAAAGGGGGUUCGGCUUGCUGCUCCGGCGACAAACGGCAAUGGAGACCAGCCCAAGCUGGAGGAGCUGGAACUGGACGUGCUCAUCUACGCCACAGGGUUCGACGCAACUACGGGAUCUUUCAGGGCCAUCGACAUCCAGGGCGUGGACGGGAAGAGACUUUGGGAAGACACUUGGGCAAACUGCAUCUCCACAUAUCUGGGAGUGGCAGUGCCCAAGUUUCCCAACAUGUUCAUGGCAAUGGGCCCCCAUCAAAUGUUUGGCAACAUCCCCCGAUCGAUAGAGUAUACGUGCCAGUGGAUAGUCGACCUGAUCCAAUUUGCGCGCGACCGCAACGUCCUCCGCGUCGAAGCAACCCAAGAAAAGGCCGACGCGUGGUACGAGCAUGUCGAAUCGUCCGGAGUAGGCAUGUUGAUAAACGAGGUGGAUUCUUGGAUGACGGGCGUCAACACAAACUUGAAGCACAAACAAAAGAGGUCUUUGGUGAGGUAUAAUGGACCAGCGCCUGGUUAUAGGAAGAGGUGCAAUGAUGUCAAGGAGAGGGAGUACAAGGAUUUUGAGCUAGUUUUUGGUAAUUGAUUGCGGUAGCAGUUGAUGUGCAGUAAAAAAAACUGGAGACAGGCAGAAGGCUGUAAUACCCAAGAAAAACUAAAGUUUGGAACAAAAGAUCGCACUCAGGUUUAGAACCCUUUGGAUUCAGCUGGAUUACGGUUGACCCCUCCCUACCCACUGGUUCGCGAAGCCCCUUGGC